CCGCGAGCGCCCCGCCGCCCUCUUCCCCCGGCUCCGCGUUUCUUUCUUUCUUCUCUUCCCCGCCGAGGGGGCGGGCGAGAGAGAAAACCCACCAGGGCGGGUCUGAGGCCGAGGCUGAUCCUGGCCAUGUCGCCGCCGACGAGCGGCGCCAUCUCGCUCUCCUACGGGCCGGCGAUGGGGGCGGGAGGUCUGCAGGACCCGCUCCUCCUCCCCUUCGACGACGGCUUCACGGACGAGGACCUCCUCGGCGCCGACGCCACUCUCCUCGGCGGGGCUGCCGCCGACCAGACGCUCCUCCUGCUGCCCUUGUGCCCCGGGGCGAACGGCUGCGGCGGCAGUGGCUCCGCCUCCGCCGAGGGUUUUGGAGCCCAGGCUGCACCGGCUUCACGUGCCGUCACGAUCGCCGUCGGCGCGGCCGAUGCCGGAUCCUUCUCCCUCGCGCCCCAGCCUGCGCCCGCGCCGGUCUCGUGGGGGGUCGCGGCCGACGCCGGAUCCUUCUCGAUCGCGCCCCAGCCUGCGCCCGCGCCGGUUUCGUGGGAGGUCGCGACCGCCGACGCCGCGGACGGCGGCUCCCCCGCGCCCGCGCCGCCGUCCCCGGCGCUGCCGCUGGCGCACAACACCGGCAGCCGGACCUCCAUCUACCGCGGGGUGACCAGGCACAGGUGGACGGGGCGAUACGAGGCGCACCUCUGGGACAACACGUGCAGGAAGGAAGGCCAGAAGCGCAAGGGCCGCCAAGUUUACUUGGGUGGCUAUGACAAAGAAGAUAAAGCUGCUAGGGCAUAUGAUAUUGCUGCUCUGAAAUAUUGGGGUGCUAGUGCUACUACCAACUUCCCUAGAGAAAACUACAUCAGAGAGAUUGAGGAUAUGCAGAACAUGCGUAGGCAAGAUGUUGUAGGUUCACUGAGGAGGAAUAGCAGUGGGUUUUCUAGAGGUGCAUCAAUCUACAGGGGGGUAACAAGGCACCACCAACAUGGACGCUGGCAGGCGAGGAUCGGCCGUGUUGCAGGCAACAAGGACCUGUAUCUUGGGACUUUUGCAACAGAAGAAGAGGCUGCAGAGGCGUAUGACAUCGCGGCACUGAAGUUCAGGGGCGAGAACGCCGUCACCAACUUCGAGCCCAGCCGGUACAACCUGCGAGAAAUCGCUCAGCGCGACAUCCCCAUCCUUAGGCGGCUGGAUCAGAAGCCAGCUCCAAAGGCACAAAGCCAGGCCGCUCUCGACGCUCCUCCAUUCUCUCAGUCCCAGCAGUCGAGCAACAGCCUGCCGCCGUACUUCCUCCCCAACCUCCACCAGCCGCUGCCGCUCCAGCCCCCGUUGGCCCAGCCUCUGCCGAUCUACAACUACAGCUCCGGGUUUGGGGAGCCCAGCUUCUACUGGCCCUAUGGCAACGUGGAGCAGAAGGUGCAGCAUGAGAGCAAGCUGGAACUCGUGGACGGCCUCCUGCAGCUGGCUAACUCUGCCGCGAACUGACAGGGGUGUCUGAACUCUGAAGUGCCUGUGUUUUGCGUGGGAGCUGCGAGGAACUGAUGGUUUGGUUGCGUGACUUGGAGGGUAUAUUUUGUGGAACUGAUAGCCUCAAGAUAGGAUAUAACAUUCUGUCGUGUCGUUAGUUUCUGUGAUUCUGUCCCCUUUUUUGGUGUAGAAAGACAGCCAGAAUUCCAGACUCCAGUUAAGUUGGCUAAAUGCGGUAACAACGCUAGGUCUGUGGUCUCUCCCCGGAAUGGCCUGUAUUUACCUUUGAAAUGCUAGUUUGGAGUAUUGAUCAAUUGGUUCUUUUCGAACAUAAGUUUUACUAGCGCCUAGCUAUGAAUCUACUCCGUUUUAUCUCCAUAGUUACGAAUCUAUGAUGCUCAGCUCAGUGAUCUUGGAGAAGUGGGUUCUUUAUGCCGAUACAGAUACAGAAGCGGCUUUGUGCCACCAUCCAGCCUCCACACCGGCACAUCGCCUGCGGCCUGGACGUUGCGCCCGCAUGUUGCGAGUUGCGACUGGUCUCAUCCUUUGAUCCCCGCAAAGUGCAGCGCUCCGAACUGGGCCCGCC